AUGGUUCUGUGCGCAACAUCCUAUGAAAUUGAGAAGCAAUUUCAGGCAGUAUACACAAUUUCAAAAUUCAGGAAAGUGCAAGCUAAGUUCAUGGGAAAGGUGUAUUGUGACAUUAUAUCUUCUAUGAAUGGUUGUUCGGAGACGACGUACGAGGUACGCGACGAUGUGCUAUACGGCGAUCGAUGGAAGAGAAAAACAUUUGUAGUCUUAUUUGAGAGAGAGAACCAUGAAAUUAUACUACGAAGAUGGAGGAAAGAUGUUAGUAGAGCACACACCAAAGUCACUGUUAACUACAUUGGGCUGGUAAGCACUCCUGGACAGUUGCGGUAUGAUAGAAUAUGUCAGGCAUACACUACCACAGCUGACCUAGUCGCGAAAGACGAAGCCCGGACCCAUACGAUAAUGGAAUGGAUUGGAGUUCAACAGAAAGAACUUAUGAGUUCAAGUUGUUCCAUAUUGGACCCUAAAGUAGUGAACAAGAAGGGUACGCCUAAGAAACUUCGCAGAAAGAGUCUGUUGGAGUCGACUUCAAAGAAACCAAAGGCUCCAUUGACAUCAUCAAAGGGGAAAAUACCAACUGCAAGGUGUACUUGUCCACCAGAUGGUGCAUCGUCCGUUCAGGGUGACCAUGAAAACCAAGUAUUUGCACAACAAUUCCCCGGCUUCUACAUCGAUGCAUCCAUCGUCAACCCAUCCAAUAUUCAAUUCUCAAGGUAA